AUGGGUAAUAAUAGGGAUUUGGUUUCUUGGAGCUCCAUGAGUUCUUGCUAUGCCAAUAACCACAUCGCGGAUGAAGCAGUCGAUAUUUUAGCUCAUUUGCUUGAAGAUGGGUGUGCAUCAAUUGACAUGUUUUCAAAGGAUAGUGCUGAUUUGAUUUCAGCUCAUAAGUUGUUUGAGAAAAUGCCCGAGAGAAGUGUGGUUGCGUGGACUUUGAUGAUGACAAGAUGUACUCAGUUGGGUGGUCCAAAGAAUGCUGUUGAUUUGUUUUUGGAUAUACUGCUUGGUGGACAUUCGGGCCACAUGGAAGAUGCUCAGAAAGCUUUGGAUGCACUAUUUGAAAAGAAUUUGAUUUCUCAUGAUACCCAUGCGGAUGCCUAUGCCAAAAUGGAGCUGCCUGUAUUGGCGCUAUUGGUGAGGGGAUGCAACUCAGGGCUCGCCUCAAAUCAGUGCAUUCUUAAUGGUUUGAUCUCAAUGUAUUCCAGGGCUGACACACUUGUCUGGCAUACAUUUCUCAGAGCUUGCCCAGUUCACGGCAAUGUUGAACUUGCAAAACAAGCUGCAGCAAUGAUUUUUGGGUGGGAGCCGGACAACCUUGCUGCUUUUGUUUUGCUAUCAAAUGUGUAUGCAUCAACUGGCCUAAGGGAAGAUGGUUGUAGCUGGACUGAAGCGAAAAAAUAA